AUGAAAGUUCCAUGGCGAAUAUUCGAUACCCUGGCUGGCAUCUACCUAUCAUUCGCCCUCGUUGACGCGCACUCGUUCAGCCGCGAUCCACUGAAUUACCUCUCCAUAGUUGAAAAUGCUACCAUCCAGACUCCAUCGCAUCGUGUACAUUCAUAUUCAACCUUCGACCUGCAUUUCGGUCUUCGCAGCAACAAUCAGCGGCUUAGAUUGACCUUGGAACCCAACCAGGAUAUCAUAGCCGAUGGCGCAUCCGUUAAAUACCUGAGUCCCGAGGGCGAGUUAGUACGGUCGGAACCAAUAGACAGGCAUGCGCACCGCAUCUUCAAAGGAGACGCCUGGAUACAAGAAAGCAACGGGCACUGGUCAAGCGUUGGAUGGGCGAGGGUAAUGAUCAAGAGUGAUGGCAUAAGCCCGCUUUUUGAGGGAGUCUUUACUAUUGGGCGUGAUCACCAUCAUGUCCAACUCCGCUCUCACUAUAUGGCGACGAGACAUGAGCUUGACCCUAUAGCGGAAGAUGUCGGACUAGAAUACAUGGUAAUUUUCCGGGAUUCAGACGUGGGCCGCAAGGUGCAAUCAGAGCACUUGGAGCUGAAAAGGUCGGCCCUGGCGGACAGGUCUUGUCACUCCGAAAAACUACAUUUCAACGCUGAUCCGUCGCAAACCGUCUUGAAACGAGAUACCGGAACUUGGGGCGCGACGUCUUUCAACUCUUUGUUUGGCAAGAGACAGAUUGAUACCAAUGGUAUUCCUACAGGUGGGAACUCUGGUGGUGUCAAUCUGAAGAACUCCAUCGGAAAGAAAGACGGAUGCCCUUCUACCCGUAAGGUGGCUUUGAUUGGUGUUGCGACUGACUGCAGUUACACCGGCACGUUCAACUCUACAGAAAGUGCGCAUGCAAAUGUCAUACAACAAAUCUCUAGUGCUUCAAGUCUUUACGAGCGAAGCUUCAACAUAUCGCUUGGUUUGCAGAAUCUUACAGUCAGCAAUACGACCUGUCCAGGCACGCCUCCAGCGGCAACGCCCUGGAAUCAAGGCUGCGGAGGAAAUCAAACCAUCACAGACCGCUUGAACACUUUCUCCACCUGGCGAGGUCAGCAAAAAGAUAACAAUGCGUACUGGAUGCUUCUAACAAACUGCCGUACUGGGUCUGAGGUGGGAUUGUCCUGGCUCGGUCAGCUAUGUGUUAGUGACGUCGCCCAAAAUUCUGGAGAAACGGUCAGUGGAGCUUGUGUUGUCGCAAAGACAUCAACCGAAUGGCAAGUUAUGGCGCACGAAUCUGGUCACACUUUUGGCGCCGUCCACGAUUGUGAUUCUCAGCCCUUGCUCGAUCGGGCGUCACAACAAUCACCGGCCAUCAAUGCGGCAAUGGGAUUGUCGAGGAGGACGAGGAUUGUGACUGCGGCGGCGAUGAAAGCUGUGGAAACAAUGCUUGCUGCGAUCCUAAGAGUUGCAAAUUUAAGAGCGGUGCGGUCUGCGACGACUCCAAUGAAGACUGCUGUAAAGGUUGUCAAUUUGCGUCUAACGGUACCGUCUGUCGAGCUAGCACCGGCGAAUGCGAUCCUCAAGAGAUUUGCAGCGGAGGUUCCCCCACAUGUCCUACUGACCAGAAUGCUCCCGACGGGCAGAGUUGUGGCAAAGGCUCUGACCAUCUACAGUGCGCUAGUGGACAAUGCACAUCAAGGCAUCAGCAGUGCAAGACAUUGA